ACUUCAUCUUGGUUAUUUUGACCCUGUAAAUUUCUCAAAUUCAUCUCUCUAUAUCUUGUUGGUGGCCUUUCAUCUACUUCAGCUGUUGAUUGGAAAACGUAUAGAGAAGGAUUUCAUAUCAUUAGUAUUAGGAAUUUUGUCUAACUACUAGUAAAAUUUAAUUAGAGAACGUUUUGAGCAGAAAUUAACGUUCUUUCCUAAGGAACCUAAUGUAUUUUUAAGAAUAUCAACUAUAUAAUUUAUAAUGGGAAUAUGUGCUUCGAAUAUUGGCACAACAACUCUAGAGCCAGCUUCUCCUCAAGAAGAAGGACAGCAAAAUAAGUUUAUAGGGGCUUCACCCUCACGAGUUUCUCUUAAACAACCAGUUGAAAAACAACCUAUAGCUCCACGAACAGAUAAGCAUGAGGCCCUUUCGGGACAGGAUCAGAAACAUAGAGAUUCAAAUGUUGACCCCACGCAGCAAGGUCAAAAUGGAUCAGCAGCAAAACCAAAUGAUGAAAGCUCAAAAGAUCCUUCAAGGAGGACGACAGCAGCCUCAGGAAAUCAACAACCAAAUGGUGAUUUUAAAAUAUCUUUCUCAGAACAAGGGGAUAAAUACAUGAAUGUGCAGAAAUGGUUAAACGAAUGUAUAUUGAAUGACAAAACACCAAAUCCAAUUAUGCCAAUAGGUGGAGUUAUUGUUCACAAUAUGCCAACACCAGAAGAGAUGGCAAAAAUUGGUCAAGUUAACUCGUCGACGCAAGUCUCAACAACAGAGGACAAUACUUUAGCAGGACUUAAAAGGCAUAAGAGUAUGAUGCCCAGCACUAAACAAUAUCAAAUAUCAUAACAUUGAAUUUAUUAAAAAAAGUUUAAAC